CAGCGUGUGGUUCUUGCGAUCUUACUGUCCAAUCUUGUCCUGCGUCGCGGAUAAAGCUGCUAUUCGUCCCGCUUCCUGGAGGCUAACCAAUGGUCCGUCCUAGUCCUGCAUCUCCGAAGAUCAGAAGUACCAGGGCAAGCUCUACAAAGAGAAGAAGCCGAAACCACAGCACCAGAAGAAAGACAGUGUACAGCAGAAUACGUCGCAGGCGCUUGUCCCGCGUAACGCAUAUGUUGAGGAUGCAAUCGACGUAGAAUCCGGCGCUGUCGCCAUUGUUGAUGCCCCGCCUCGUGCCCCAAGCCCUCCACCAGCACCCUAUUCCUUAGGAUAUCAAGAGCAAGCUGCGAUUGAAGACGUAAAUGUGUUCGACUUCCUGGAGACUUCGGAAACCCUCAAUGGAUCCAGAGUAGACCUUUCUCCUCCUCCCAUGCAUGAGUCGCGCAUGAUCGAAGACAGCCAGCCACCUGCAUAUGAGGAAGAUGAGCCUCCAAGAGUCACGGCCACAGAUGUCUUGAACUUCCAGGAGCCGAAUGAUGAGGAUGAUUACCACUACGUCGAAAACGGCUUCACUUAUGGUACUGAACCCAUUCGCCCUACCAGCGAACAUCUCAACUCUCACUAUAAUGUUCGUGAGGCAGCGCCAGCAUAUGACGACCCUGCAUACACCACCCCAGCCCCUAAGUCUAAGCACUCCCGGACUAAGUCUCGUGACAAGGAUCUCUCAGACACAACUUCCAAGAAGGCUGAUAGGAAGCGCAAGCGCCAGUCCCCUGCAGAACUCGACAUGUCUCUCAUUAGAGUCCAACAGGAGAGGGACCUUGUAAUGGCCGACGCUCCACCUGUCCUUCACUCGGGCUUGACUGGUGGGCUUGGCCGACUUUUAGCACGUCCAGAGUUCCCUCCAAGCCCUGACUAUUCAGGAGAUUAUGUCGAGAACUCACCACUUAGUCCAAUGAAGCGAGCUAAGCAAGGGACCUCGAAAGCCUUCAUGCGGGCACAGAGAGAGUUUGAGGUUCGACAAGAGGCGCAACGCAAACUUGAGAUUAAGGAAGAGAGGGAGCGCAUCAAGGAGGAGGAAAAGAGGGAGAAGGAACGAGGGCGGGAGCGUGAGAGAAUACCUCUUAAGAUUAAGAAUGGCACGGCAAAGGACGCGGCUGGGAAGAACAAGACGAAGAAACGAGAUGAAUCGGCUCGAGCUAGUCGAAGAAACCGUGAAGCGGAUCGCCGCCGUCGCCGACACUACUCUUCGUCUCCUUCACCACCGCCUGGGCGGAAGAUCAUUAAGGCUAUUGAGUAUCAUCGACCUGAUUCUCAGUCCCCAGCACCAGAGACCAACGGGAAUGGGGCGCUGAUCAUUCGUCCUAAUGGGGACCUUGCCCCUGUCAAGACUGGUGUCGAAGCACGGGCUGAGUUGUUCUUGUCAUUCAUCAACAAGGGACCUGAAUCUGAGCGUGGUAUGAGCGUUAAUAAGGCCCUCAAACGCUAUCAUCGUGAGCGAUACGAUCGGUGGGACCGCGGGACUGGAAAGGCCGAUGACGAGAAAGAACUUUGGAAAAGCCUUCGUUUGAAGAGGAACGAUCGAGGAGAGAUUGUCCUAUUCAUCGCCCCCCCUGAGGCAUGACUAGAUCUGGACAUACUUAUCAGGAUGGAGUCUUGCGGACUAGAAUUUUCACCAUCCAUUGAAUACUCCAAUUAAGGUUGUGGAGCAUUUCGGAGCAGGGGGAGCAUCAUAGGAGCAUCUGGUGGUUGGCUGGCUGGUGUUUGUCCUCCGUGGUGGUGUUGCUUAUUGGAUUGAUACCCGACACAUUUUGGUCAAUUUCCUUCGGGUGGAUUGGUGUUGAGUUGAACAUUGUCAUACCUCUUCUUUGGAGCGUCUUUUACUCUUCUUCCCGUAUCUCUUCCCUAGCAUCAUCAUCUCCAUCCACUUCGGGCAUCUUUCCUACGGCGACAUGACUACCUACUGCAGGUAUCUCCUUUGUUACAAUUCUAUUGCUAGCGAGUGUCGAUUCCAGACUGCAUUUUCUUUGCAUUUUCUUUCCUUCAGCGUUCUCUUCGUUCCUCGGAUUGGAGACUACAUUAAUACUCCUGGGCUGGAUCCCGUUCUGUCCCUCGACAUUUUC